CAUUCUCACUUCUCUCAGUCUCCCACAUUUCCUUGCAAGAAAAUGCCCAGUUACACACAGUGAAAAGGUGUUCAUCUGCAUUUCAUUGCCAUCAAUGCUUCUCAGUAUUAAUUCGUGACUUUCACUUUUUCACGGAUUUUCCUUCAUAGCUGCAUAUCUAGACACAUUACUUGCUAGCUUGCAAAAUUGCUUGCUGUUUUUUGCUUUGAUUUGCAUAUAGUGGUGGAGUUAUAUAGUGAGAGAAAGUUGUUAGAGUGAUGGACCUGGAUAAGGUGACUUUGGAGAUUUUUUCCAAGUUAGAGCAGAAUUGGUUGUACCACUGUGAUGGCAAGAAGUCGCGUGUUUUAAGCAUUGACGGCGGAGGAACUACUUGCAUUGUUACCGGAGCAGCCUUGGUUCACCUUGAGUCUCAGAUCCAAGCGAUGACCAGUGAUUCUCAUGCACGCGUUGUAGAUUUCUUCGAUAUUAUCGCCGGCACGGGUAUCGGCGCUUUUCUCGCCGCCUUGAUCGUCGCCGACGAUGGUGCUGGCCGUCCGCUGUUCUCCGCGAAAGAUGCUGUUGAAUUUUUUAUAGAGAAUCAGGCGAAGCUUUUUAAGGAGAAAAACGUCGGCAUUUUUCGCCGCCGACAUAGGUUUUCGGAUACGAGCAUGGAUAGGGUGCUGAAGGAGACUCUUAGGAGAGAAGACGGAAAGGUUUUGACUUUAAAGGAUACGUGUAAGCCUCUCCUAAUACCAUGCUUUGACCUCAACAGCUCGGCGCCAUUCGUCUUCUCCCGCGCCGAUGCCACCGAGUCUGCGAGCUUUGAUUUUGAGCUAUGGAAAGUUAUCCGCGCCACAUCAGCGACUCCGUCAAUGUUCAAGCCGUUCAAGCUCAACUCGAUUGACGGAAAAACCUCUUGCCUGGCCGUAGACGGUGGACUUGUGAUGAACAACCCUGCCGCCGCAGCCGUAACUCACGUCUUGCACAACAAGCGAGAUUUCCCGUCAGUCACCGGCGUUGACGACCUUUUGGUACUCUCUCUCGGUAACGGACUGUUGAGCACUGCAUCGAAGUUGAAACUCCGCAGUGGCAACGACUGUUCGCCGUCGUCCAUUGUCAGCAUUGUCCUCGACGGCGUCUCGGAAACCAUUGACCAGAUGCUCGGCAAUGCCUUUUGCUGGAACCCCAAUUGUUACGUCAGAAUUCAGGCUAACGGCGUUGGUGAACGAACGGAAGAGGUUUUGGCGGAGAGAGGCGUUGAGUCGCUGCCGUUUGGCGGGAAACGGUUGUUAACGGAGACAAAUGCACAAAGAAUCGGAGGGUUUGUGCAACGGCUUGUUGCAUUGGGAAGGAGUAGUCUACCACCGAGUCCGUGCAAGGAAACUGCCGUCAGUCCACUUGCUAACGGCCGUUAGUUCUUUUUUUUUAAUUUUUUUCGUUGUUGUUCAGUUUAAUAUUCGCCCAUACCAGGGGUGCUUUAGUUAAAUGGCUCUAUUGUCAGCUUUAGCUAGUAGCUGUAAUUGUAAAACUAAAUAAGAAUAUUAGUAAUGAGUAAUGACUGUUUAGCAUUAA